AUGGCUACCACUUCUGACUCGGUUCCGGCCUCUUGCAAGGUCAUGCUCUCCAAGCAUGUCGCCAACGGCUUGCUUGCGGAGGUCCAGCAGGGCGUCCAUACCCUGGAGAAACCGCCCCAUCUGGUGGGAUUCCUCGCCAACAACGACCCUGCGGCGUUGAUGUAUGCCCAGAUGACGGAGAAGACGUGUCAGGAAAAUGGCUUCCGCUACUCCCUCCGUGAAGUUGCCCGCGAUGAUCUCGAGCAGGCUAUCCUCGCUGCCAAUGCCGAUUCCGAUGUCAACGGCAUCAUCGUAUACUACCCCAUUUUCAACAACCGCCAGGACCAGUACCUGCAGCAGAUUGUCGACAUAAAUAAGGAUGUAGAGGGUCUGAGCCACCGUUACAUUUUCAACAUGUACCAGAACAUUCGUUUCCUUGAUCCCGAGACCAAGAGACAGAAGUGCAUCCUCCCCUGCACCCCGCUCGCUGUCAUUAAGAUCCUCGAAUACCUCAACAUCUACAACACGAUAUUGCCGUACGGUAACCGCCUCUUCGGACACACUAUCUGUGUUGUGAACCGCUCCGAGGUGGUUGGUCGCCCUCUCGCUGCUCUGCUGGCCAACGACGGUGCCUGCGUCUACAGUGUCGAUAUCACCGGUGUUCAGAAGUUCACUCGCGGUGAGGGUCUGAAGAAGGGCAGACACGAGGUCGUCGACCUCGAGGGUAAGACCUUGAAGGAUGUGGCACCUCUGUGUGAUGUUGUCAUCUCCGGUGUUCCCGGAGAGAAGUACAAGUUCGAUACCAGCCUCCUCAGAGAGGGUGCUGUGUGUGUCAACUUCUCCAGCGAGAAGAACUUCGGACCCGAGGUGAAGGAGAAGGCCUCCAUUUUCGUGCCUUCCAUUGGAAAGGUGACCAUUGUUGUCCUGCUCCGCAACUUGCUGAGACUCAUCCAGAACAGCCGUGUGGAUGACGUGAAGCCCGCUGAAGCCACCGAGCGUCCGGGAACCCUGGAAGCCGCUAACUAA